UAUAAAAUAUUGAAAAUAUAAUAUAUAUAAGUGGGGAAAAAAAUGUUGAGCUCUACUUCGCCUAUCGAUCGUCCUAGUCUACAUCCUGGUACCAGAUACCUUAUCGCGCCGCGAGUACCUCACGGGCUCGCGUCCGUAGUCGAAGGUCUUACUAGAGAGGUCCUGCGUCAUCGUCCCGAGGACAUAUAUAUUUUUGCAGCGCAUCACUUUGAGAAGUUGCUGAAAUUGCGCGAACAGUAUUACACUGAAGAAUACAGUGGUCGCGAAUUCGAUCAUGACUUUGGUUGCGAUUUCAAACUGUGGCCCACCAAAAAGGCUAAGGAUAUCGGAAGAUCUACAAAUAGCGAUUGGUCCUUGGAGAAAGAGAUCGAGAUCUUUGAGAGACGUGGAAAAGUGUCUGCUGACGUGGAAGAAAGCACGGAUGUUUCUACCGAUAGAGAGAAUCGAAAAACGUCGAAGCAAACAUGCACGAGAAGUCUCUCGACUGCGAAAAGAAGUUCGAAAAAAUCAAAGGACAACGAGACAACAUCGGACAUUCGCGCGACGAGAAUCAUCUCGCAAAUGUCUGUUCUUCCCGGUAAAAAUAUCCAGACCAAGGAUAUUAAGCAGGAACUCAGAAGGAACAAAUUAAGCGGCGAGAAAGCGAGAGCGACUGACAAUACGGAGAAAGGAAUUCGAAAUGAGAGACGAUCUAGAAUGAGGAUUUCCAAGACGGAUAAGGAUCCCGAAGAGGAUAUUGAACGUACUACGACGACGACGAGCUCGAGUAGAACUUCUGCUCGAAGACCCUUGAGAAAAGUUCGACGAAUAGAGACUGAAUCCGAGACCGAAACCGAAACAAUAAGUGGUGAAACAAUGGCCAAGACUGGACAUGAAAAUAGAUCGAGCAUUAAGAACAAUGGUGCGAACAGCGAAACUAUCACUCGGAUUGAAAACAGGGAGAAGAGACCGGAAGCGCAGUUCUCCGAACAUUCCUCCAAGAGGAAAGUGUCGUCGAGAGCGCUCAGUAUGGAUCGUAUCCGGGCCUAUGUAUUACGCAAAUUCGCGAGUUCUGCGAGUCUGGAAGUAUUGCGGUCGCCUACGUAUGUGGAACAGGUGCAGGAGGUGAUCGAUCGUGCGGCGCCAAUCAUUAAGGAGAAGUUGGAGGAGGUCAGGGGAUCCCGGGGAAAGCGUUCGAGAUCAGUUGAUCUCGCCUGGAACAAGGAAUUCUUUCGUCAGCGCAGUCGAGAUGGAAAGAAAUGUCGCGAUUAUGAAAAAGAAGAGGAAAGCAAAGGAAAAACUGGAAACGAAUUGUCGGAACGUAAAGUCGAUACCAAGGAAGAAACGGAAAACCAUCUCGAGAAAGACGAAAUGAUUUCGAAUGUGGAAACGGAGGAAAAGAAAUCGAGGAGGCGCAGUGGAGGAUCGGGCAAAAAAGCGAGAAAACGCGAAAAUGGUGGUGAUGUCGGAGUCGUCGAUCAAAUUAAUGACAAGCACAGUGAUAAAUUGGAGUAUGAGUUCGGUGCAACACAUGAUACGUUGGAAGCGAAACUGACGGCUACACAAAACAUUUUGGAAGAUAUCUCAAAGUCCACAUAUGACUUAGGCGGUGGUCGCAAGAAUGAUUCUGCGGGAGGUGAGCUGACGGAAUCAGAGAUCUCUGAUCACGCAAACGUCGUAUCCCUGCCAAUCGUAAGACCACCAUCUUCUAGAAACUCCAGGAGCGCCACUAAGAACGGUUCGGAUAGUCUGAUUCUGCCACCUAUUUCUCCGGAAGCUCCCAAGUCGACGAAGAAGAAAGAUGAGCUAUCCUUGCCGGUUCUGCCGGUGGCAACUAAUGGCAACCAUUCUAGAAAAUCACAGGAUGCUGAGGAAGCCUCAACAAUGCAUGACAUUACGAAUGACAUAGAAGAUAUAGCGAUCCUUCCAGAAGAUCAGGAAGAAGUGAUUGUAGAUACAAAAGAGGACCUCGAUACUGAUUUAAUAUCGAGCACAGUCUCGGACAUUUUUGAUGCGGAAAAACAUGAAAAAGAUAAAGAUACGGAUGAUGUUCUUCUAGAAAAUAUUCCAGAACAAUUUAUUGAGAAAUGCGAAAGUCUUGAGGAAUAUGAGGAAUUGGAAAGAAAGAAGAUGGAAGAAAUCUUCAAAGACAGUUUAAACGUCACGCCGGAAGUGGUAGAUAUGCCACCAAGACCGGAUUCGCUGGAACCCGAUGAGGAAAAGAAACUUCAAAACGACGAUGUGGAUCUUGCGCGAGUUAACACAUUCGACGAACUGAAGGACAAGUUGAUCGAGAUCGAGAUGGCAGAACGAAAUAUCGAGAUGGCAUUGGCUGGCCAACAACUCGUGAUGCAUGACUCUGGCGAAGAAACGAGCCAAGCGGAAAAGUCGAUGAUUGACGGGAAGAUAAAUGACGUAGGAAAGUUGGCUGAUGAGAUGGAAGAAACUGUGAGUGAGAUAGAAAAGUCGACGGAUGCGGAAAAAAUAUCAACGAAUAAAGACGACGAAGAAAAAAAAAGAAAUGAUGAAGAGGGAAAAAAUACAAAUGAAAUAGAAAAAGUUAAAGAUGUAAUAGAAAUAUCGAUGAAUGAGAAGGAAAACUUAUUAAAUAUAACAGAAAAAUCGGAGGAUGAAGUAAAAGAGGAAAUAGAGAGAUCAUCGAAUGAAAUGAAAAAUACGACAAAUGAAGCAGAAACUUCAGUAAACAAAAUUGAAAAAUCGUCAAACAAAUUGAAUGAAACAGAAAUAUUAACAAAUGAAGUGGAAGUGACAAAUCAAGAGGAAAUAUUAACAAAAGCAGCAGAAGAGGUAAUCAAAGUAUCUGAAGACGAAAAAUCAACGAAUGAAAAUGAAAGAUCGAUAAACGAAAAGUCACCAACUGAUGUGGAAAAAUUAACAGUUAAAAUUCAAACUGAAGAUGCACAGUCUAUAAAUCUAAAAUCACAAAACAAUGAUGAUCAGAGUCAAGCAGCUGUUUGUGAAACAGACGAUGAUAAUGUAACAACGUCUAACAAUAAAGCUGAUAAUACGGUAAAUGAAUUUUCCAAGACUGUAGCUUGCGAAAGUGCUGCGAACGAAAGAGAAAUCUCAGCAACAGAUCUUCCAGAUGAAAAUACUGCGAAAGCGACGAAAGCGCGGAAAAAACGCGAAAUCGAUUCUUGUCCAACAACGUCACUCUCUUUAGAACUUCCGUUUUCAUACGUUCUGAGCGAGGGUUCUCCUUGUGAGAUACCUGAUUCCGUGACAACCGUGAUUAUUCCGGAUAGACACUAUUCAUCUCCUGCGACUCUAGAGGAUGAGAAUUAUCAGUUUGAAUCGACGAAUGAAAAAGAAUCAUUUAAUACCAAUUCUAAUAUCGCUGAAAAGAGUGAAACACAGGAAAAUAAAAAUGGCAUGGAAAUUUUCGGCGAAUAUAUCCAACCGGAAGUCGAUAUUUUGCCUGAUAUUGAUUUCGUGCAUAAUAUGAGAGGAGUAAAGUCGAGUCAGAUAAUAAUCGCUCAUCAGGACUUGGACAAGAUCAAGGAAGAGGGUGAAGAAGAAGAGACGAAAGACGUUGAAAAAGAAGAGAUAGAGACUCCUCGAGAGCAAAAAGAUGAUACACAACCAAUCAUACAUGAAGAAGAGACGAAACCUGUGAUUUUGGAAGGCAUCGUGGAACACGAGGAGAAUGAAGAAACUAGCAUGAAAAUGACUUCUGAAUCCAAGGAUGCUGAGGAAAUUUCCUGCAAAAUUUCCAAAUAUGAUUCUUCGCUCGAUAUCGUGGAAUUAAUGGCAGAUACUGGCUUGAUAGAUGAAGAAAACAUGAAUCUUGUGGUAGAAUCCCGGGACACGAUGGAGAAUUCAUCGGAAGAGAACGGAAGCACGCAGGAUACCCACACAAUCACAUCAAGCGACGUGAAAGAAAGUACCGUGAGCAAUCAAUCGAUCGAGAGUCCGAGUCUGGACAGGCCAAUAGUGCCAGAGUUGAACCUGGAUUCUCUUCAAGAUAAUACGGUAUCGUCCUUUAAAAUGACGGCGAACGGAACAGUAACGAAAGAGAACAAUGACAGUCCUAGGGAAAGCGACACCACGACGUCCUUGAUCGAGCCAUUGAUUUCGGACGAGAGAUUAAUGAACCAGCCGACUUUAGCUGAUCGCGAAGAAGAUAUUGCUGCCGAAGAGCUCAUGGAAAGUUUAAGAUCGGAAGUUCCGGAGGCCGAUCAAUUAUAUCAAGCGGAACAUGCAGAAUAUGAGUGGCUAGAGAAGGAUUCAUCAUCUCUGGAAACCAAUUUAGAGGACGAAGUGAAAUCUCAAGAAAACAGUAUUGGUUUAAAGGCUUUACCGGAAGAUGUUGUUGUAGUUGGCCCACUUUUACGAGAUGAGGAGAUGGAAAAAGAAAUAGACAAUGAGGAAGAGAUUGCGAGAGAAUUGAUAGGCUCGCUAGAAGAAGAUAUGCAACUUUACGGUAAAGCGUUGGAAGAAAAAUCUAAAGAGAACGAAGAAUCUGAGAAGAGCAGUUUAAAUAUGAAUGACAAACCUAAUCAAUCUUUGUUGGAAUCUGUUGAUGAACAGGAAAAAGGAGAACAUGAAAUUUCUUCAGAGGAAAUUCAAACAUUAGAUAAAAUUACAAGGACUGAAACAAUUAAUGAAUUAUCUAGCCAAAUGGAAGAUAUCAAACAAGAUAGCGAAGAUAAGAAUAUUGUAUUAGGAGACAAUGAAACUGAAGAACUUAAACUGCAAGUGGAAGAAAAAGAUGGUAUAGAAAUUACGCAUGUUGCACCUUUAGCACAAUUUGAGCAGGAAUUACUAGAACUCAAUGAUACACAAAUAAUAAAAACAGAUGAAGAAAAGAUUACAGUCGAAAAUAAGCUUGACACUGAUACAGUUUCAACCGAUAAUCAGGAAAAUCUUGAAAAUAGUCAAACAAAUAUUGAGGAAGUUGUAGAGAGCCAAAGUAACGAAAAUAUUAAUCAAAUUGAAGAAUUGCAUGAACAAGAGAAAAAUGAAGAAGUGCAAGAUAGGGAAGAAUAUGAGCCAGAAAAAUUAGAAGUUGAGGAAAAAGAAGAACAAGAAAAGUUAGAAAUAGAUGAAGAAUGCCAGCAAGAACAAUCGGAGAAAUGCACGCAAGAAGAUUUAAAAAUCGAAGAAACAGAUAAUCACGAAAAUUUACAAUUAGAAGAAAAUAUUGUCGAUAUAAAAACAAUACCUUUGGAAGCAACAGAGUCAAGAAAAGGCUCAAUAAACGAAUCGACGAAUAAUAACGAUGAAGGAGAGACUGAGCCAAUUAUUUGUGAUGAAUUGAUCAUUGAUGAUGAGACAGAAAAAGAAACGAAAAAUAAUGAGAUCGAAAAAUCUGAAGAUCUUUCAGCAAAGAUACAGAAUAUUCACGAGCCAAUAUCGGAACAAUCGACGAAAGAUCAUUUUCAUGGAGGAUAUUGGAUUACGGAAACGAAAUCAUCAACUGUGGAAACAGUAAUUGGAACUUCUAUUUCUAACGAAGAAAUGGAGCCUGAUGCUAAUGUGCCAGAAAUUAUCCAAGACGAAUCGCUUAUUCAGAAAGAAGAUGAUUUUCAUUCGGCAGUUGUAAAAAUCCAAGCUUGUUUACGAGGAUUUUUAAUGCGUCGUCGCAUGAAAGAAGAUGCAAGCUCAAAAUCUGUUUCGAACAAUAUUUCUUCAGCACAGAAAAUAGAUAUAGAUGACCAUUUAACGGUACCACAUUCUUCAAGUUCGCGAGAAGUCAAAACUGGAAGGCAACGUCUUCGACGAGAGGAAGCUCUACGAAAUACCACUCUCUCGUUGGAGAACGCUUUCGCUACAGGUAGACUUCAACAUACCGGCGAAUUUCACGAUUCUGUGCCGUUGGCUCUUUUCGAUCCAAUUUAUCGUAAGGAUAAUUUAACCACGGACGAAUUUUUGAAUAAAGUGAUUGAGGAGGAUGCAGAACAAACUAAUCAAUCUGAUAUUGCAAAAUCUAAUGUCGACGAGAACAAUUCCGUUCACGAUGAUAAACACGGAGGAAGUUUUCAAAAAGGCAACAUAUUUACCGAUCAUUCGACUAUUCCAAUCGUGAUGCAUCUUCUAGCGGAUGCAUCUCGCAAUUGCCACUUUACAGUCAGUCAGAAUUCCCGUCCUGAUUUUAAUACAAAUGCUGGAGGAGCGAAACCUGCGGAACCGACAUUAGCGGAUAUCCUAAUGUUAGGCUACCCAAGAGAUGAUGAGAAUCGAUAUUUGAAUUUCAUAACCAGUGUCGAGGAUCUCGGCUGUAACAUGGAUUCUUUAUCUCUAAACAACACAAUAAAGUGCUCGAAAAAUACCGACGAUGCUCAUCCUUCGACAACUUCCGGCGAAGGUAGCAUCAGGGAACCUCUAGCUCUUCCGGGCAUUCCUCAGGGUGUCGUGAUUGAGGAAGUAACUAGUCUGGAAACUGAACUUGUCCCAUCGGAGUCCGCGUCAAAACCGUCGAUCACGUCGAAAACCUCGUUAGAUACAAAUAGCUCGGUGCCAUCGGAGGAAUGUACCCUCGAGGACGAAAAGAAUGAUUUAGGAACAUCGCCAAGGAUCGUGGAUGCAAUGGAAGACCGGAAACAUAUAGACGGAGAGACCGAAAAACAAAAGUCUGAUUGCAAGCACCUUGAGGGCAUCUCAGAAGACGAUUCGCAUAGCGAAGAUGCGAAAAAAGAAUCUAGCGAAGUCUCUUGCGACAAUCAUGAGCGCGUGGAAGAAGAGAAGAAUGAAAAAACGUGAAUUAUAAAUUUAUGAAAAUAUAUGGAGUGAAUCGAAGCACGGCACGAUUAGUUCCUUCAAUUAAGAUCGUCGCUUGUGUGUGAGAUAAUAAUUAUCAAUGUACUUUCACUUUGCAUGCAUUAUUUUAGGAUAAUUUUGCAAGGAAACAUUAUUCUUAACUUCUACGAUUUAGAGUUUUUAAUUUUUAAUUCGAUUAUAUAGGAAUAAUAGAGAAUAAUAGAGGAUGAAUAGAGACUAUCUCUCAGGAAUAAUUUUAAAAUGUACGUUACUAAUACACAUAAAUGCAACGAGUUUUGGAUUUGCAAUUGUACUACACAAUACAAGCGAGCGAUCUCUUCCCGCUACAUAUAGUUUGGAAAUAUAUAUCUUUAUAAA